GCAUGAAGCGACGGAGCAGAAGAAGACUCAGGAGGAAACGACUGUUGACAGCAGUGACGAGGUUCAUUCACCGAGUGUUCGCACCUGGAACAUCGUUUACCUGCUGUUAAUCCGGCCUGCGCCGUGUCUCCCAGCGGACACUGGAGGCUCGCUCUGCGGGGAGGAGGAGCGAUGUAGUCGGCGUGGCGGGGUCGGUCGUGACUGUUGCUGCACCAUGAUCCCGGUGCCGCUGCUGGUGUGUGUGAUGGCGGGCUGGUGCGCCGUGUACCUGGCCGACACGCUGCUCAGGUCUUCGGUGACACACCGGAUCAGCUACGAGUCAUGGCUGGCGACUCGAGGACUGAUGGUGUCGCCCUUCCACGUGAGGUGGCAGACCACCAUGUUCAACCGGCUGUUCGCCUACUGUGCCCGGAUCAACCCACGGACGCUGUACCUCUGGUUCAACAGCGGCCUGGUGUUCGGUCUGGUGGCGAUGCUGGGGUCCGUGGUGUUGCUGAUCAAGACGCUCCAGCAGACCGUCGCCCAGAUGACCACUGACAACCCUCGUAUUGGAGGACAGCAGACCCUGCAGGUGGUGGUUCCUGGAGUGAACAUCCCCACCAGCCAGCUGGGUUACUUCUUCGUGGCUCUGCUGCUCAGUGGAGUCAUUCAUGAGCUGGGUCACGCUGUCGCAGCGCUGAGGGAACAAGUCCGGGUCAACGGCUUUGGGAUGUUUGUGUUCGUCAUGUACCCCGGAGCUUUCGUGGACCUCUUCACCACACACCUCAACAUCAUUUCCCCGACUCAGCAGCUCCGAAUCUUCUGUGCCGGUGUUUGGCACAACUUCGUCCUGUGUGUGGCAGCGUUGGCCUUCCUCUUCCUGUUGCCCGUCUUCCUGUUUCCCAUGUACACCACCGGUGUCGGAGCGCUGGUCACCGACGUGGUUCAGGGCUCAGCUGCUGAGGGCCCGCGGGGUCUCUCAGUGGGAGAUAUAGUCACGGGCCUGGAGAACUGUGCGGUCAGAGGAGUGGAGGAUUGGACCAGCUGCCUGUCUCACCUCUCUCACACGCCUCAGACCGGCUACUGCGUCCCUGUCGCCAGCCUGCAGCCCAGCUGGGCCCACGGACGAGCCUUCAAGCGUUUAGACGGCACGAUGGACUGCUGCAGCAACAACAGCCUGACUGACCUCUGCUUCUCCUACAUCAAGCCCCAGAGCCACGGCAGCAGAGAGCGAGAGUACGCCUGCAUGCCAGUGCGCAAGAUGGUGACGGGAACCCGGGUGUGCCACUCGGACGCCGACUGUGCCGCUCACUCCCACGCCGCCAGUGUCUGUGUCACGCCUUCGCUGGAGAACCAGACGCGCUUCAUCCGUGUCACUCACCCCCCCAGCACGCACAUGCUGUUUGUGGGAUACCCGCCGCACCUCCAGUACGCCGUGAGUUUGACCAACUUCGUCCCCCGGUUUGGUUUCCUCGAUCUGGAUCUGCCCGUCUUCCUGGAGACUUUCUGCAAAUACGUGGUUUCCCUCUCUGGCGCAUUAGCGGUCGUCAACUCAGUGCCGUGCUUCGCGCUCGACGGCCAGUGGAUGCUCAACGCCUUGCUGGAGGCCACGCUGGUCACCGUGGUAACGGACCGCCAAAAGCGGGAGCUGAUUGGUUUCUUCCUGCUGCUGGCGGGGAGCGCCCUGCUGGCGGCCAACGUGGCCCUGGGUCUGUGGAUGGUCACGGCACGAUAGCCGCGGAGCUCCACUAGCGUGACACGACGACUGCCGAUCAAACAAAACCUCUGAGACCAGACUCAUUUGAGCUCCAUGGACCUUUUUAACUGUGAGAAGGACCAGAGUCGAGCGCGCCCGGACUGUUGAGCAGAACCAAGCCAUUACUGGAUCACAAGGGAACAGGAUUCUUCUACUUAAUACCGCCUUAUAAAGAAGAACACACAAUCCAAAAGCACUUUUCAGUUCUAAACUGACUGUUAUCACGUCAACACUUCCGUGAAAGCCACCCAAAGCUUGGUUCUUGUCGAGCGCCUGAGUGUGUUGUAUCGUGUCGGUGUCACAGGGAAACACAAGUUUGUGAAUGCAUGGCGGCGCAACGACGUUCCACCACCGAAAAAAGAAGAAAAAAAAAAGCUUUUUGAUUCACUUUUGUGAAACAUCUUUGUCUUGUCUGUGAAUAUGUGCUUGUGUUCUUUGUUGUUUCUCAAGCAUCAAUAAAAUAAUUUUGUUUUUUUUAAAGGAAUGUAAAUGUCUCCCUUGAAGUUCCAGUUUUUUAAAGAUGCCCUUGAGGUGACAGCUUAUCAUUUAGAGGGUGUUUCCUGCAGACAUGUACGUAUAGAUGGGAGGAAAUGUGUGUUUAUGCUGCAGCAGCAGACACCUCUGUCAGCAGCUCUCACAGUUGGUGUCUUUAUCUCGGAGAAUUUGGCAACUGAGUGGGAGGAACAGGCCUGUUGCCCAAGAGUGAUUACAUUUGACUGAUCUGUUUGUGUUUGUGUGUCACCGAUCUGACGCUGGAGGUUCUGGAAGAAUGUGAGCUCCAGUUUCAGGCCACAAUUCAUGUGGAUAACAUCACACUUGUAAGUGAUCCAAGCCUCUUUUGUUGUUGUCGUCUUUGCUCGCUGUUCUUCUGCCUACUGUGGUAACCUGUUGGUCACAGAGACAGGUGGGGUGGUGCCUUCAGGUGCUCUCCAAAUUCAGGAGUCAAGCCAAUUAUAUAAAAAAAAAAAAUGUUGCCAUUGGGUUGCGAGCAGGCACCAGCAGUUAAGGGGCCUGGUCUUCCAGGUUGACAGAGAGGCACCAUCUCACCAUUCACACCUCCUUUAACUAGUGUCAUUGAGAUCGUUCUUGGUCUCGAGACCGAUCUCAAGGCCACUUUUUAGGGUCUUGGUCUUGACCUGGGCAGACUCUGGAUUUGUAUUCAAUACUGGUCGGGACAGAGAGAAAUGUUCAUCAUUAGCAAAAGAUGGAUUCUGGCUUUUUGUUCAGUUUUGUUGUUGUUAUAUUUAUCACGGGUCUCAAACCGAUCCACAAAAGGGCCACUGUGGGUGUGCAUGUUUUUGUUGCUAACUACCGCAACACCCAUACGGUUUCUAGAGAUUGUUGUUUGUCAGACAGGUGCGGCUUGUUUCAACUGACACCUGAGUGGUUAAGCAGUGUGUGCCUGCACCCGCUUGUGGAUUGUGUUUGAGACUCCUGAUAUAUAUACUGUAUGUACUGUCCUGGUCUUGUCUCAGUGUCCAUCCUCUCCAGUCUCAAUAAUGCCUUGGUCUCGGCUGGUGUGGUCUUGACUUAUCCGUCGCUGUGUCGCGGGGGCAGCAGCUUUAAAAGGUCACGCCAGCCGCGCUUCUCCUGGGCAACAUCCACCAGCUCCAACUAGGGAUCCUGAGACGCUCCUAGGCCACUGAAGAGAUAUAAUCCCUCCUCUUGGUCCUGGGUCGACUGCUCAGUCUCCUCGGAGCUGGCCGUGCCAGAAACACCUUCAAAGGGAGGGAGCAUCAUCAUGAGAAACCGCCUCAUCUGGCUCCUUUUCAUGCAGAGAAGCAGCUGCUCUACUCCCAGUCUUUCCCGAGUGACUGAUCGGCCACCUGUUGAAGGAAACUCAUUUGAGCUGCAAGAUCUUUCCAUCAUGAUCCAGAGCCCAUAACCAUAGGUGACGAAGACUGAUCGGUAAAUGGAGAGCUUUGCCUUUUGGCUCAGCUCUCUUUUACACACAUCAGCCCCUGAAGUUGGGAGAAAAAAGUUGGUCUAUCAGCAGGGGGCGAUCUAAGGUUAGUGGAGUGGAGCAACAACAUGGCAGACUGGAGGUAGAUUGGAACGACAAUAGAGCUACAAAAGCUCUAGACAUCACCGUCUCUUGGUCCAUCAGAUCCUUCCGAGGAACAAUCAGCUCGGUGAGUCAUGCGUGCUGCUGCUACUAUCAUUUUCUCUUCCAUGUUGUUAUCUGGUUGGUGGCUUUUCCCUCUCUGCAUGUCUCUGUAAAUUCAGACUGUAUCAAUGUCAGCAUUUCAUGAGACAAAUGUUGCCUCAAACGUGUCACUUGAAACGCAGUACAGCUCCGACCCGUCGCCUCCAAACACGUCGCCCGCUCCUUCCUUUUAGAAUGACAGUUUGUUGCCCAUCAUCUUACCUCUGUAUUGACAUGGUAGAUGCACAUUGCUGUGGACUGUCGUGGACUGUCUUGUUCCUUGCUUACACCUGGUGAGCACAGGGGCAGUAGGAUCAUCACGCCACCUGCUAAAGCUUAGCUUUGUCCUUUGGCUCAGCUCUUUUCCACGUCCUCCUAUAACCAUUGUGACUGAAGCUGCUGCAUUUAUGUAGUGCUUCUCAUGCGCUUUACACAAUAAAAUGUAUAGAUAAAGAUGUUGAAAAUCAUCUUGAACUCUCAACAAACCCGCCGAACAUCCAUCUCUGUUGGAGGUUCACAUAGUGGUCAUGGGCGAGCGCUUUAAUCCAAAUGAUGGCCCCAGAUCAUAUCCCUAGUUCUGCGGUCCAUAGUGGCAGCGCACAAGAAAUGAAACGCUGUAUUUUGCCAUAAGAAUCAUAAAAACAACUACAUCUAAAGCCAGACAUUCAGCAAAUACAGCGACACUGACAAGGUCUUUAGUUUUACUCUCUUCCGUAGAUGUGGGUUGUAGUUGCUAAAACGACCUUCAAGAGAUAUAUAAACCAAUAAAAGGAUGUUAAACUUGAUUCUGAAACGCACAUUAAAAUGACUUCAAAAUCAAUGUGCUGGAGGAACGUUCAGCACCAGUCCACCGAGGAUAUCUCCUCUUGAACAGGUGGAAUUUUGAGAGCUCAGCAGCUGAACAUCUAACACUGAGAGACAGACAACAACCAAGUUGCGCUGCCACAGAACUGAGCUGGCAAAAGUAAGGAUUGAUGAAUAUCCGAUCAGAAAAUUCUGUCACCUAUAAAGUGGCUGCCAUUGUUACUGUUUCAACUUCCAAACUUGUUAGUCCACUUCAGGCACCUGCAGAUGCUCUCCUCCAUGACACUCAUGGAACCUCCUCUUUCUGCCAUUGUUGUCCGCGUGGUUUUCACGCUCCCGCUUCCUCCCCACGAGCAGUUAGCGGCUGUGCAGCAGUCGCCCCCAAAAUGAUUCCUUAAAGUGCCAACAGGAGGUCGGGUAACACCAGGGUAAACAAUAGCUGCGCGGUUCAAGCGUCGGCGCGAUGUUUGUUUUCCCAUCCAAGGCUGCGGGCCAAGUGUGGGCCUGUCAAUCCAGUCGGAUGUGUUCUGACUUGUUUUCACAGGCAUCACCAUCAUUCCAUUAAUCGAUUUUUAAUCUGAUUUCACCGCGGUCCACUGAUUGUCUGGUCUGAUCAGCACAUUGGGACCAAAGCAGAUUAGAGCGGCGUCACAAGGGCAGCUUCUGAAGACCCCAACGCAUGAAGCUCCGGCUUCUUCCUCCAUACAUUCAUGAUGAGACAGUAGCUGCCGUUAAUAUUGGACGCCUGGAACCUUGUUUC